GCUGUCUUCUGUCUGAUCUCCCUGGUCAUCCGAUCCUUCCGGCAGCAGCUCCCCCAGGGGCUGAAGAGGCUGCCAGGACCCUGGGGUUACCCCCUCAUCGGCAACCUGCUGGAGCUGGGGAGCAAUCCACACCUGACCCUGACCCGGAUGAGUCAGGAGUAUGGCGACGUGAUGCAGAUCCGGAUCGGCACCCGACCCGUGCUGGUGCUGAGUGGCUUGGACACCCUCAAGCAAGCCCUGGUGAAGCAAGCGGAAGACUUCAUGGGGCGCCCUGAUCUCUACAGCUUCCGAUUCAUUGCGGACGGCCAGAGCAUGACUUUCAGCACGGACUCAGGGGAGGUGUGGCGAGCUCGCAGGAAACUGGCCCAGAGUGCCCUGAAGACCUUCUCUGUCUCCCCCAGCCCCAACUCUUCGUCCACCUGCCUGCUUGAGGAGCACGUCUCCAAAGA